GCACGGCAGCCCUACCAAAGGGAAAGAAGCCGCAGCAGUUUUGGGGCGGGAUGCCCUGCGACUGGCAAGAUUGCACCCUUUCUGAUAAGACGGGAUGCGCGCAAAAUCAGAAGUCUGUGAGAUGCUCCCCUGCGAACCAUCAUGUCCGACUCCGCUGCCGCCCGACGCCCUCCGUCCAGACCGCCCCGCCCGGACGAGCCACUUGCUUCACCCAGCUACCCACUCUCCUUCACCUCGACCACGACGCCCACACCGCACCGCGUUCCCUUUACUUCCGAGCGAACUCCUUCGCCGUCCCCUCGUUUUCCCUUCUCCGACGACCUCGAUCACGACCUCUCGCAUUCCCGGCCUGAGACUCCCCGCGACUUUGACGACUUGGAGGAUGAACCACUCUCGCCGGCCGUGAACCGCCAUCUUUCCACUGCCAUUCCGCCCCGAUACGCCUGCUCCCGCUUUUCCGACGACCACUCGGCCAUGGCGGAACCCAAGACCCAUCUCGCGACUCCCAUCCACUGGACCUUGGUCCUCAAGUGGGUCAUCGGCGGCCUCAACCUCAUCCUCAGCGCAUCGGCUGCCAUUGUCGUCGGCCACUCGCUGAGCCUGUACGGCGGCGAGAAGCUCGCCCGCACCAUCGACGUCCAGAACUCGAAUCGCCCGACCUGGCCCAGCGGCCUCAACCUCAUUCCUUCGUGGCUGCUGCUCGCCGUCGCCUUCGUCAGCACCUGCUGCUCCGUCAUGACCACCGGCCUCGCCCUGCGCCGCCGCUUCAUCAAGCCCGUCACGUGGCUCGAGGGCUUCCGCCUCGGCGUCGGCAUCUUCUUCAUUGGCGCGUGGAUCGCGAGCUUGAUCGUCUUCAAGCUGUUCGAGACGGCCGACUCGGGCGACAGCCUGGGUCGCUGGGCCUGCGACAAUGCCAGCGACAAAGUUCGCGGAAAAAAGGACUACAAUCGCGUGUGCACGGAGCAGGACGCUGGUUUCGCCCUCGCCGUUGUGAAUGUCGUCCUCGAGGCGUUGCUGAUUGCAUGCUUCGCCGCCGGCACGUUCCUUAUCAAGAAGCAGGCGGCCGACGACUCGCUGGAUGAAAAGCGCGCCGGAAAGAGCCCCGUCUAAACCUUCAUUGAAAAAGUUCCAUAGCGUUUUGUAUCCUCCUCUUCUGCCUUUUUAGCUUCUACUACUGCUGCUUCUUUUCUUCUUUCUUGUUCGCCUUCGAUAGGAACUCUAGGGAUUUUAUGACGGGGAUAUCAAUUUUUGACGACGAUCUAAUGUCUAAGGCUGUACCUGAUGAGCUUGCCAAGUCCGUAGAUGAUCAUGGAGUCCGUUCAUGCGGGGUUGAGGGAUUCCAGAAGACG